AUGCGUCACACUCCAACUUACUCAGUGUUCGGUUUGAAAGAACCCGAAACAAUGAGUUAUGCGUUAGUUAAAGAUCUCAAAAAAAACAAUACAACUUUGCUAACUUGGACCUGGAAAAGUCAAAUGGGGGACAGAAUGCCAGAAGGAUGGAGUUGGUUGAAAUCGAAAGAUAUUGAUUUUCAUUGCAAGAUCAUUUUCGCGGCUGACUCGACUGCGUCAUUAUGGUGUCAUACAGAGAAGCAAUCAUCACGGAAAAGAUUUGCAACUGCACUUCAUUCUCACAUGUGUGAAGUAUUCCGGGUUGAACCAGAAAUGCAAUUCAAAUUGUCUUUGGAAUACAUGGAUGAACUUCCGUAUACGAAUACGGUUAGAGAUGUUGCUCUGCUUGACACAUCUGUGAAUUCCGAAGUCGUCGAUGAAUUUUUGGAAACAUUUCAAGUAACUCGAGUACUUUUCUCUGCAACCAUGAAACCAAACAACCCAUUGAAAGAUUCAAACAGACUUUACAACCUAAAUAACUUAUUUAUUCACUCAGCAUUCUGGCUCAAUGGCUCAAAACUGCUUGGAUUGAAUUGUGAAAAUUUGGUAAUUAGCCUUACCGGACUCUGGGAGAAUGAUUUAAUCAAUUUUGUGAACGUUUGGUUGAAUGGAAACAAUUCAAAACUACAAACAUUUUUCCAUAUAGCUGGUCCACGUCUCGAUCACGUCGCAGUUGUGGAUCACUUUGAAUUGGAACCAUGGAACCCAGAAACAGAUAAACUUGAGUAUAAAUUGCCAGUACGCGAAUAUGGUAAAAAUUUACUCGCUGAAAUUGACAGAACAGAAAUGGGAAGAACUGGAGUUCUCGUUCGACGAAGCGAUGGAUUGCGUGCAGUACUUCGAGCUUCAAUUAGAUUUUUUCAUUUUCACGUAUUGCAUGAUUAG